CCUUAGAUUCAAGUAAGGUCGGGUUGGGUUAGGGAUUUGGUACGAAAUGAAUCCAGCAAAUGAAUGCUCAGGAUCAUAAUAGCCCUGUUAGUUCUCCAGUCAAAAAGUUAAGAGUUACAACCAAAGAAGAAAAGAUAAAUUGUUGGCGAAUUUUGCAUACAUUGUUUGACCAAGAACCAUUGAUUAACUUUAGGUACAAGACAAUACACUGAAAACACUGACGGCAGGAAGAAAGAGAUUUUGGCACAAGGCAUCAUUAUAUUGAUCGACAGAAAUAUGGACACACCGUGGCUGAUGGCUGGUGCAUAGUGGGGCGGCGAUAUUUGGUUAGCGGAGUGUGUGAUACUUAAUCCCCAUGCAUAUGCAGCCGGGGCUAGUGAGGGGUUGAAAGGGGAAAAUUUUUCUAAAUAUUCUUUGUAUAUAUGGUAAUCAAGAGUGUAUUCUAUGCAUGCGUAUUUUAUAGGUCUAAAAGUCAAGUGAAGAUGAUAAUGUAAGUGACGAAGCACAAGUUAGCGCUAAGAAGCGGAAUUUCACAACUUUAGGGGCAUUUAUUUUGGUAAAUAAAGUCAUUCGUGCGGAUUAAAAGCGGAGUUGAAAGGGGCAACCAUGCAUUCAUGCGUACAACAAUUGCGGCCACAACUGAAGUGACUCCACUCUAUACAAAACAAUUUACUAGCAUACCAUUGGUCACCUGUCAUACAAAAACCGACCAAUCAGAAGCUUAAGCUCUGUGGUUAGUUUCAAGCAGGCAUUCAGAGCCAAAAACAAGUAAAGAGCAAUUACUUAGGCGAGGCCACUACCAUUUCAUAGCAUGAUAUAGGACUGACUACGUUGUAGUGAAGACUGUCUGAAUACGGCCUGGUAACACGCGCUUCGGGAAAGAGAGAAAGUUUGGCAAGGUUUAAACCAUGAACACUGUUGGAACUUCAUCGCAAGUUAACAGACCGGCCUUUUUUCCAGUGGAAUGGCCGCUAACCCAGAAUAAUGCAGGCAACAAACAACCAACAGCCCGCAAAGAAGGCACACCCAAACCUAAACGUAGAAAGAUAGACGACACCAAUGCACGACCCCAACAAUGGACCGCAGAACACCACACACAAACUGACAAGCCAACAGUGAAACUGGUAACUAGUGUCCAGUAUGAAAACCGAGGAACUUCCAUCAGUGACGUCAAAUAUGAACCCACAAUAUCGGCUGCAACACCGAAUAUUUUUAAAUCGCUCGACCACGACGAAGCAAGCUGGUUAGUGGAGGAAGUUAAUGAAGCGAAUAAAUGUAUCUUUGGUGCUGAAAGAGCAGCAGAAAAAUUCAAGGCAGACGAUGACGAAUUGGAGAGGAAGAAAACUUCGUUGAAUGCUUUGAAAAGUCUACUGAACGAUCUGAGACGAAACAUAAAAUAUCCCGACGAUGACACAGCAAAAGACUUGGAUACAUUAGACGAGGCCUCAGCCAACUUUGGUGUAAGAAAUAUGGUCAACUGUCUUGGCUUAUUAGACAAUUAUUUCUCGGAAUUGCAAAAGAAACUUGAUAAUUAGUUUUAAAGGAUUAAUUUAUAACAUAGUUGUAGUGAUAGCCAAGCUAUAGUGUCUGUGAUAGUUUCUAAUCGUCUACUGCGAAGCAGUGUGGCUUAAUCAGUCAGUCGUGAUAGAAGUUCUAGUAUUGUAAAUAGCUCAAUGUAGUUUUAUGCGUACAUAAGAUGUAGUCUUGUUAGUGUAAUGUAGUUUUACCUCCUCAGGGUGGUGCAUGGAAUAGGUCUCUGUGGCUGCACAAUACCCACAUUAGUGUUUUUAAUCGUAGAGUUAGGACCAGUCCUUUCACGCUUUAACUUAGAGUUAAGUGCCCGGGCAACUUUGUGAAGAGUAAAACCCAACACUUGCGUCUAAAGAUUUAACUCCUGAUACGGGUGUAACAAUCAGUGUGUUUUACUAGCAGCAAACAAGAAUUUAAUUCACCCUAGUUCACAUGGUGGUAUAUAUAGUACAUUUAUAUAGCGAACUUUAACUUUUAGGUAAAUUAUUUAAUGAUAUUAGUAGAUUGUCAUAAUCUCUGGUGAAAUCAGUAAAUAAACUUGUAUUCAUUAGGACUUUCUUUCUUGUCGUGUGUUAAUUUGCGCAUGUUCCCAUUUCUACGUGGUCAUAGCAUGAUUGGAAAAUAUAACAUGAAGCAGGUCAUACAGAAUAUCAAGACUACCCGCUGGUUUGAUACGUGCAUGUGAUCAUUUGUGACUGGAAAACAAACCUUGCCUAUUUUAUCCCAGAUCCACCCCGAUAGAUGUUAACAAUUUUACAUCGACUUCCUACAAUGAAGUUUCUAAAACUGGUCGCGGUUGAUAAUGGGCACAGCCAAUCUAAUGAACGCGGUGAUGGACCAAUAUGGGACGAUGAUUACAUAUAGUUCGUUCGAAAUAUGAUGAAAGAAGUUCAGGCUCUUUCCUCUCGACUAAUCAGAUGCAUUUAAUUUACACAAUAACCCAAUCAAAUUCAAAUUAACAUUUCAGAUCAACCAGCCCUC